CGCCGCCCCCCGCCGCCGUGUCUGUCUCUCGCGCGCCCGUCAGUUCCCCUGCUCCAGCGGCGCUCUCGAUGUGCUCUGAUUUCCACUACCGAUCCGCUCUCGAUGUGCUCUGAUUUCCACUACCGAUCCGCUCUCGAUGUGCUCCGUUUCGCGCUCUAGAUUCGAUUUGCGUUCUAUAUGUGCACUAGAUUCGUUUGUGCCCUAGGUUUUGUUUGUGCUCUGAGUUGAUUUGCAGAUGGGCGGAUGUUGGCGGUGUUGGCAGAUGGAUGAGGGGCUGGCUGGAUGGAUGAGGGGCUGGCUGUUUCAGGAUUCUAUAUGGUAUCAAUGCAGAUUUUUUGAUUUUAGUGAUUUCAGCCACUAUGUACCACCCGAAUAUGGUGAUUAUCUUUAUGAUGCUGGAAAUAGUGAGGGGAACAGUUUUUCAAGUGGAAAUGAUGAUAUGGAAUACCAAACAAGGGAUAUGUUAUUAGAUGAUGCUUUGUUUGGGUUCUUCAGGAAACAGGCUGUUAAAAGUUUGAAAAGGAAUUUCUCUGAUUUCUGUAGAGAUUUUUCACCUAGCACCAAUGUUAAUAGGAGUGAAGUAGAUGGUGUUGACAGGGCUGCCUUUCAUCGGAACUUUCUUGUGUUUGGCGUUGUGUUCACUCUCGCCUUCCCUUGA